AUCGCACUUCUUUAAAGUUCAAAACAAUAAUCUAAUGUACUUAUGACUUAACAUAACAUCAUUAUCUUUAGUAGCAUUCUUCUGAUAUGACUAAAGUGAUAAAUGUACAUUGUGAGUGUGACACUCGUCGAUUAUAAUACCGUUCAGUUUAUAUUUUGCAGUUUAGUAUUUCUGUCAUAUCAACUUCUGUAACCUCAAUAAUCUUCAUGGAACCUCAUUAGAUAGAUUUUCGCAUCCAAACUUUGAAGUUAUUUAUGUAUAAUCAUUGUUUACCUUUGUCAUUAUCACGAUGGUUAUGUGCGUUAUGACAACAAUUCAUCGCGUGACGAUUUUUGUGUAGUACACAAUUCAGUUAAGAAUAAUUAACGACACGCUGCAUUUAUAAAUGCAUUUUUAUUACCAGUUAUUUGUACAAUGGCUGAUCUGUCUCAAUCGGCAGAAUAUUUAAGUUUUAGAAGUAGUAUUCCACUUCGAAAGAUUGUGGUUGAUUCCUCUUUAAAAGACUGGCAAAUUUAUGAUUGUGGACCAAAAAGCAUAAAAUGUCCAUUGAUUUGUCUGCCACCAGUGUCUGGCACAGCCGAUGUCUUCUUCAAACAAGCUCUUGCCCUGUCUGCCAAAGGAGUGAGAGUCAUCACUGCAGUGGCACCUGUGCUGUGGACUGUGAAUGACUGGUGUGAGAGUUUUAGGAAACUUUUAGACACUCUAGAACUAGAUAAAGUUCAUAUUUUUGGAGCAUCACUAGGUGGCUACCUAGCACAGAAAUUUGCUGAACACACUUAUAUUUGUCCAAGGGUUGCCUCAUUAGCAUUAUGUAAUACUUUUACAGACACUUCGGUGUUUAAUAAUCAUGCCUCGGCGAGUCUCUUUUGGAUGAUGCCUUCACUUGCCUUGAAACAUAUGAUUAUGGGUAAUUUUAGUUGUGAGAGAGUUGAUUCUGAUAUUAUUGAGUCUAUUGACUUUAUGGUAGAUAGGUUUGAGACUUUGAAACAGUCUGAACUCGCUAGUCGACUUACAUUAAACUGUUCAAGAGGAUACGUCGAAGCUCAUAAGUUGCAUGAACUGCCUGUGACGAUAAUCGACGUGUUUGAUAAAAGUGCACUUUGUAACAAUGUGAUGGAAGAGUUGUACAAAUGUUAUCCUCAGGCAAGACUAGCGCACUUGAAAAGCGGUGGUAAUUUUCCUUAUUUAAGUCGAAGUGCUGAUGUAAACCUAUAUCUACAAAUACAUUUGGGACAAUUUGACGGAACUACUACAGCUGCAUCUGAAUUUCCACUGAUGCAAAGAUGAGGUUAUGUCCAUAUUGAUAUUUUACCAAAAAAACUACAAAUACGAUUCUCUAGUAAUACUCUAGUCCAAACUGGUCACUUGCGCCAAUCAGGGGCUUUGCUGAAAUAGAUAAUUGUUACACAACCAAGAUACAUAACUAUUAAUAAUAUAUUUACAGUCUUUGGAUGCUGUUUAAGUUCAA